AUGAAAGAUAACAACUUUAUUAAAUUCCAAAAUUUAAUAUUUUUAUUAAAAAUUUUAAUUUUUGGAAUAUGUUACGGUGAGGAUAUAAAAUUUAGAAUUGUUACUUUAAAUAUAUGGAAUGGAGGAAUACAUGGAGGUGGAAGGGAAGAAGGGCUAUUUAAAUUUGCUCAACACCUUGCAAAUUUAAAUGCUGAUAUUAUUGCAUUACAGGUAAAAUUAGUCCAAAAUUAA